CGCCGGCUGUGGCAUCCAGGACUCAAGAUACACUCACCAUAAGUUGGCAAAAAUGGUCGCCCCAGGCCGGCUCUGGGGUUUCAAGUGUUCACAGCUACGUCAUUAGAGUUUGGCAGCAGGAUGGUCAGCCCAGCAACGUCACAGUGCCAUCAGAAAAUAAUACAGCCACAAUAAUAAAUCUUUCUCACUACACAGAAUAUAACGUUAGUGUUAUUAUCUGGAAUAAUGCUGGAUAUUAUGGACUUCCUAGCCCAACAACUACUGCAAGAACAUGCGGAGAACCUGUGGCACCUCCUAAUCCAAAUGUGAACUCUUUUUUUGAUUUAUCACAAAGAUCUACUUACAUGGAAAUUAAAACAAUGGGGAUGAAUCAAGAGAUCCAUAGAUGCGACUGGUUUGCAAAAUUAACCGUGCGAUAUGAAGGAGAAUUCAACAAUGGUACAACAGACGUGCUGCGUGUAAAUGAAUCGCAGUUGAUAACCAUCACCAACCUCACAGCAAAUAGUACAUACACCAUCUACCUGACAGCAGUUAACAACUUACUACUGGUAGGACCACCAUUGACAGUGACUCACACUACAACUGAAGGGGGUAAUUUUUUCAAUUAAUUAUGAAUUUUACGAAAAUAUCAUCACGUAAAAAAAAAA